AUGGUCCAGCCAACACCCGCGCCGUCCGGGCCGGCGCUCACUCCCCAGUUUUGCUUUUCGACACAAACCUUACGAGACUUUCUAAGAGUCUCUCGCUCCUCCAUCGACGACACCAUAACCCAAAACCUCAACGCCCUCGUCACUCCCGCGCGGGCGGGCUUCGAUCCAUCCUCCACCACCCUACGCUCCCCGCGCCCCUUAUCUCGCCAAAUCGACCCCUCGGCGUGCCAAGAAUUCAAAGACCAAGUGUUGUUUCCCUCCUGGCAGGCGCGCUCGCAGGUGCUCAGCUACUGCGCUUUGGUGGCCACGAGCCCGGACCCGGACGACCCGGAGGUGGUGAUUCGGGAGGCCGAGAAGCAGAAGGAUCGGGAAAGGGUGGUGAAUGAACGGUUGGACCCCUACUCGGCGAGGUUUUUCCCGAGAGAGCCGCGGACGGAACAGCUGGCGAGUGUCAUCAGGAUGGAGCAGGGCGUGGAGAAUAUUGUGAGGACGAGGACGUGGGGGAUUGUGGGGGAGAGGUGUGGGAGUGAUGGGCGGACGUGGGAGCAGGCUUUGGGGGAGUGGAGGAAGGAUAAGCAUUUGCCUUUAGCGUAA